UCUGUUUUUGGUUUUUGGUUUUUGGCUCCGACUCAGAGUGAAAGGGUUGAAUUGAAUCAUACUCUGUACGUUAUGACGAAGAGUCAUUUUUGAGUUUGAGGAGCACAUUUGAAGUUGGUUAAGUCCAUACACUUACAACAACUAACACGUACCUCUCUGUCUCUAUAUCUUCUUACCUCUACCUCCGUUAUUUCAAAACAAGACGAAGAAGAAGAAGCAGAGAAAAGAAUAAAAUCUUCCAUGGCGACGGCUCCCUCGUCUAUCCACCUUCUCCACCAAGAUUUUCUAUGCCCAAAAUAUCCUCGCCUUUAUCACAAUUAUCAAUUCGGAACUCCUCGUCUCCGACGACGCCCCACUGGCACCGCCCGCCCGCCUUCCCGCUUUCCCUCUUUCGCCAUUCGUGCAAGUUCAGUUGUUACCUUACCGCCUGAAUGGAAGUCGAGCACUGAGGAAAGUGAAAGCUCGGGUGUUGAGCUGUUAGCAUGCCCAGUAUGCUAUGAACCGCUCAUACGGAAAGGCCCUCCUGGUCUUAACCUGCAAGCAAUAUACAGGUCGGCUUUCAAGUGUAAGAAAUGCGACAAGUCGUAUUCAAGCAAAGACAUUUACUUGGAUCUUACUGUUAUUGCCGGGUUGAAGGAGUACGUUGAAGUCAAACCAGCUGGGACCGAGUUAUUCAGAAACCCUCUUGUUUCCUUCUUGUAUGAAAGAGGCUGGCGCCAGAAUUUUAACCGCAGUGGCUUCCCAGGUCUUGAUGAAGAGUUUAAAAUGGCUCAGGACUACUUUAAAUCCGCUGAAGGUGGUGUUCUGCUGGAUGUAAGCUGUGGGAGUGGUUUGUUUUCCAGAAAGUUUGCCAAAUCCGGGACCUAUUCUGGAGUUGUCGCGCUUGAUUUUUCUGAGAAUAUGCUUCGCCAGUGUUACGAUUUUCUUAAAAAAGACCCUACUCUUUUAGCUACUAAUCUUGCUCUUGUGAGGGCAGAUGUUUCUAGGCUUCCAUUCCCUUCAGGUUCAGUCGGUGCUGUCCAUGCUGGCGCAGCAUUGCAUUGCUGGCCCUCUCCUUCCAAUGCUAUUGCUGAAAUAAGUCGUAUAUUACGAACUGGUGGCAUCUUUGUCGGAACCACUUUCCUGCGGUAUACUUCAUCUACUCCCUGGAUAUUGAGGCCACUCAGAGAGAGGGCUCUGCAGAACUAUAGCUAUUUAACGGAAGAAGAGAUUGAGGACUUGUGUACAUCAUCUGGUCUCAUCAACUACUCAAGCAAAGUUCAGCAAUCUUUCAUCAUGUUUUCUGCUCAGAAACCUUGAGACUAGGUUUGAGCCAUUUGAAUAUAAUUUCUCCGUACAUGGAUUUAUCACAUUUCUUGUUGAUUUGUUGUAUAGUGUAUUUAUAUAAUUGUAUAGACAUUUAAAAAGAAGAAUACAGAACCUGAAAAGGUGGAUAAUCUGGGGAAGAUGUAAAGUAUUGAUUAUUAAUAAGAAGUAGUAUUUUAUUAACUGUA